AUGCGAUUUGCAUUCAUAGUGGAAGAUCAGGCACCUGAUAUUGAUGUGCUUCUUGCUGAUGCUGAUGGGACAUUCCAUUCAAUCAAGGCUUUGAGCCAAAGUGAUGGAAGAUGGCGCUACAGUUCUGAUAAUCCAGAAUCUAGUACCUAUGCUGCUGGAUUAGCACUUGAAGCAUUGGCGGGAGUCAUCUCAUUAGCAUCUUCUGAAAUUGACCAGUCUAGGGUAAAUACGGUGAAAAGUGAUAUAUUUAAGCUCUUUGACAGCAUCCAGAAAUAUGGUAUGGAUGAUGGAACAUUUUAUUUUGAUGAGAAAUUUGGCGGUGGUCGCGAGCAUCAGGGUUCUCUUUCCACAUCUUCUUCAGUUGUUCGAGGGAUUACAUCAUUUGCUGCUGUAACUUCUGGAAAAAUAGAUCUUCCAGGGGAUAAAAUAUUGGGUUUAGCAAAAUAUUUUUUAGGCAUUGGGCUUCCAGGAAGUGCCAAGGACUUCUUCAAUCAAAUUGAAUCAUUAGCUCUUCUGGAGAGCAAAAGGGUUCCCGUCCCAUUAGUGUUGUCACUUCCUGCAACAGUUUAUUCAUUGUCCAAAAAAGAUCAGCUCAAGGUUACAGUGAAUACAGUACUUGGUUCAGCCGCACCACCUCUUACAGUUAAGCUUGUCAGAGCUUUCCACGCUGAUGCUAAACAUUCUGCUGUUAUCGAGGGCAACGAACUCCAGUACGAUCAAAGUAGUGGACUUCAUGUCAUGGGCUUCCCAGAUAAUGCGGAUGUGGGAACAUAUGUGUUUGUUUUUGAGACAGCGCUUCAUGAUUCAGGUAGUGAAAAUGAUUAUGCUAUUGGAGGCCAAAUUCACGUGCCGAUAUAUGUCACUGGCAUUGUUAAAGUUAGCAACGCAGAAAUUGCAGUUCUUGGCAGUGAUCUUGGAAGUGAUGAAACCCAGAAAACGCUAGAUUUGGCUGGAACUGAUGUUGUUUCACUCUCAGCUAACCAUCUUCAAAAGUUGCGUUUUUCUUUUCAGUUGAUAACGCCUCAUGGCCAUACCUUUAAGCCUCGCCAGGCAUUGCUUAAGUUGAAGCAUGAGACAAAGUAUGAACACAUCUUUGUGGUCAGAAAUACCGGCAAGAAGUUCGAGAUUAUUCUCAGGGUUUAUUUAUCUGUUAGGUUGUACCGUUCUAGAUAUGCACAAUUAAAUAUGAAUCAGCAUUCCCUAAUUGCAUUUAAGCUGGACUGGGUUUGGGGGCUUAUAAUUUUGUCACCUGUAACUUUUCUCUUCCACUUGCUUCGCUGCUCUUCAAACCCUCGUGCGUCUUUGAGGGACAAGGCGAGGACAAAGGAAAUUGAACUCUUAAUGCAAAUGCAGAAUUUUAGUGGAAGACAGAGAUUGGAAUCACCCGCUGAUGGUAGACGUUCAUCUGAGUCUAGCUACUGUAUUGGAGAUAAUGGAACUUUAGGGGGGACAAAUUAG